CCAUUUCUCUCUCUAGAAACACAGAGAGAGAGAGAGAUCUGCAAAACCUUUCAUUUCGAUUCUAUCAUCUGGGUCUCUCCAAUGGCUACAUGGGUCUUAUCAGAAUGUGGUGUGAGACCAUUCCCAAGAAUCUAUCCUAAACCAAGAACUGGACUAUCCAAUUCCUCCUUUUCCAAUCCCGAUUCCAUUGAAAUUGCCCCAUCCAGAACCUCUAAUCCAAUCACAAUCUGUACUUCGUUUUCAAGAGUCGGUAGAUACAGGAAUUGGGGAUUGAAGGUGAGUGCACCAGUCAAAAUCCAGUUGUCAGAUGAAGAUGAAAAAGAGAUAAACAACGAUGGAGAUGGUGAGUUCGAUCCUGGUGCGCCCCCACCUUUCACAUUGGCGGAUAUUAGAGCUGCCAUACCCAAGCAUUGUUGGGUCAAGGAUCCAUGGAGGUCUAUGAGCUAUGUUCUCAGAGAUGCGGUGGUGGUUUUUGGGUUGGCUGCGGUGGCGGCUUAUUUCAAUAAUAUCGUGGUUUGGCCUCUUUAUUGGAUUGCUCAAUCGACAAUGUUCUGGGCUCUGUUUGUUCUCGGCCAUGAUUGUGGCCAUGGAAGCUUCUCCAAUAAUGGGAAACUUAAUAGUGUAGUUGGUCAUCUUCUUCAUUCUUCCAUUCUUGUACCUUACCAUGGAUGGAGAAUUAGCCAUAGAACUCAUCACCAGAAUCAUGGACAUGUUGAAAACGAUGAAUCUUGGCACCCAUUAUCUGAGAAGAUCUACAGAAGUUUAGAUUCUGCAACCAGAAAAUUGAGGUUCACUUUGCCUUUCCCAAUGCUUGCAUACCCAUUCUAUCUGUGGAGUCGAAGCCCAGGAAAGAAAGGCUCGCAUUUCCACCCCGAUAGUGAUUUAUUUCUACCAAAUGAAAAGAGAGACGUUAUCACUUCAACUGUGUGUUGGUCAGCCAUGGCUGCCCUGCUUGUGGGUUUAUCCUUCACGAUGGGUCCUCUUCAAGUACUUAAACUCUAUGGCAUCCCUUAUUGGGGUUUUGUUAUGUGGCUUGAUCUAGUAACUUAUUUGCAUCAUCAUGGCCAUGAAGAUAAACUCCCUUGGUAUCGUGGAAAGGAAUGGAGCUAUCUAAGAGGAGGACUAACAACACUCGAUCGUGACUACGGAUGGAUCAAUAACAUCCACCAUGAUAUCGGAACUCAUGUGAUUCAUCAUCUCUUCCCUCAAAUCCCACACUAUAACCUAAUAGAAGCGACGGAAGCUGCGAAGCCAGUUUUUGGGAAAUAUUACAGGGAGCCAAAGAAAUCUUGGGUCCUUCCAUUUCACUUGCUGGGAGUUCUUGCAAGAAGUCUGAAGAAGGAUCACUACGUGAGUGAUGAAGGGGAGAUCUUGUACUAUCAGACAGACACCGCCAGAAAUUAAGACAAUUGUUAAGAUUUAACAAGAGAAAGGGAUGCUACAAGACCUAAUGAUUCUUUUUGCUUGACAAAAUGUUCCAGAGUUUGUGUAAACACAUUCUCAGGCCAUAUAUAUAUUCCGGAACCUUCAUUUUCUCGACAUGAAAAUAAUGCAAACAAAAAAUAGACCGACUUGAAAA